AUGGCGUCGCUGGCCAGCUCGGCUCCUGGCGCCGAUGAUGGCGGCCGCAGGAAGCCCCGCCUGGCGGCUUCCUUGCAGAUCAGCCCCGGGACCAACCCCUGGCGCCCUCCGGCCAGCGUGGGCCGGGACGCCUGGGAGCCCGCGCCUGUGCCCAGCGCGGAGGAAGACCCGGAGGGGCGCAGGAAGGCGCAGGCCUCGGUGGUGGGGGACGGCGGGCCCGCCGGCGCGGUGACCGCAGUCGGGGAGGCCCGGGCCCGGGAGGAGGUGGGCGGACAGGGGGGGAAAGCCCCGAGGGUCGCGGAUCCCGCCAGCGACUGCCCGAGGUCCCCCCGACAGCUGAGCCUGCCGCGCAAAGAUCCGCCCCCGGAUCAGGCCGUGUCCCUGCUGACCCAGUACGCCGCGGGCCUGGGCGUCUCCCUCCUCUUCCGGGAGGACCACAGGGCAGGUGCGUGCUUCCCUUUCUCGGCGCACGUGGAGCUGGAUGGGGUGGUGUGCCCGGCAGGCACCGCGAGCACCAACACCGAGGCCAAGCAGCAGGCGGCGCUCUCGGCCCUCCGCUACAUCCGGAGCCAGCUGGAGAGCCCAGAUCCCCAGCAGACCCCCAGCAAGCCUCCCCUGUCCUCCCUGAGUGCAGAGAACAUCCUGACGCACGAGCAGCGCUGUGCGGCUGUGGUCAGCGCCGGCUUUGACCACCUGCUGGACGAAAACUCGCCGUACUGGGCCUGUAAGGGGACUGUGGCCGCAGUCAUCCUGGAAAGGGAGAUCCCGGGUGCCAAGGGCCACACCAAGGAGAUCUACCAGCUGGUGGCCCUGGGCACGGGCGGCAGCAGCUGUGGCGGCCGGCUGGAGUUCUCUGGCCGGCAGCUGCAUGACUGCCACGGCCUGGUCGUGGCCCGCCGGGCCCUGCUGAGGUUCUUCUUCCGGCAGCUCCUGCUGGCCACGCAGGGGGGCCCCAAGGGCCAGGAGCGGUCGGUGCUGGCCCCCCAGCCGGGGCCCGGGCCCCCCUUCGCCCUCAAGCCCCGCAUCUUCCUGCACCUCUACGUCAGCAACACGCCCAAAGGAGCGGCUCACGACGUCUACCUCCCGCUGACCUUGGAAGGUGGCCUGCUGCACAGCCCAGCCUUCUGCCUGCAGGCUCACGUGCACGGGCAGCUGAAGCCGGUGUGCUACCUGGCCCCCGCGCUCCGCGACACCCACGUGGGCUGCCUCUCGGCCAGCGACAAGCUGGCGCGCUGGGCCGUGCUGGGGCUGGGCGGCGCCCUGCUGGGCCACUUCCUGCCGCCGCUCUACGCCACCAGCCUCGUCCUGGCUGACCCCUGCCACGACCCGCCCACCGUGAGCAGGGCUGUGCACAUGCGGCCCAGCCUGGACAGCGCCUUGGGGCCGUGCCUGCCGCCACCCUACGUUCGCACCACCCUUCACCUGUUUUCAGGGCCCCCCGUGGCCCCCUCCAACUCCGUCUCCAACACCUGCCACAACCUGAGCCUCAACUGGAGCCUGGGGGACCCUGACAUGGAGGUCGUGGAUGCAACCACGGGGCGCGUGAAGGCAGAUGGCAGCCUCGGGCCGCCGUCCCGCCUCUGCAAGGCAGCCUUCCUCCGGGCCUUCCGCCAGGUGGCCCGCGCGCUGGGCAAGACCUACCUGCUGGCGCUGAAGACCUACGAGGCCGCCAAGGCUGGGCCCUACCAGGAGGCUCGCCAGCAGCUGUCUCUGCUCUUGGACCAGCAGGGCCUGGGCGCGUGGCCCUCGAAACCGCUCGUGGGCAAAUUCAGGAACUAA